AUGACGGCAGACCCCCCAACUGUAGUCUCCCCAAAGCCAAGGCAGCCUGUUGCCGUGGCUGGCCUCAUUCAACACGCCAUCGCCAUUUAUCAAUUCUUGGUGUCUGUUCAUCGAGAUGACUUGGCAGAUGGUAAUCUUACAGUUUCCACGUCACAUAUUCAUACCCUAUCCUCCAAGCUGGAUGACAUUGUUGCGGUCCUUGAAAAACAUGUUGGCCACAACGACCAUGACAUCGGUUCUCUUCCAUGGGCAUGUCACAAGGUCGGUCAAGAUCUCAGCUUGAAACUCAAUCGCAUCAAGAGCCAUUUUGCUGCUGCGGAUGAUAUACGCACGGUUGAGUUUCGUAAAGUUUGGCCAGCUGUUGACAUUGAGGCGCUUGGGGACCGUCUGCACGAACUCGCUGGCCGCUACCCUGAUGCACGUAUCACUUUCAAAACUUCUGCAAUUUAUACUGGCUCGGAAACGACCGCUUUCGAAAAUGAGGCUCGCCGAGACGAUGGCCAAGACGAAAUGUACCAGACCAAACUGGAUUUCAGCGAAAAGAGUGUCAUGAAAAUGCCACGCAAGAGCAAAGUGAAAGCUGGCCCGGUUGGAAUAUUUCAAGAUAAUGUUCCAGUUCCCAAAGCGUCUGAAAAGCCACGGCUAGCUCCUGCAAGUCUUCUGUAUGACUUCAUCCUCGAAAAUUUGGCUUACAAGACUAUGCACGAUAGAGAGGAGGAAGUUGCUGAAGCUCAUGGGAGCACUUUUGACUGGGUAUUUAACCAAGCAGACACUCGAGGCAAGCAGUCUGAUUGUCUUGAACAUGAGUUGACCGCUUGGCUUGGCACCGGCGAACUGGGCCCUAUUUACUGGAUUACUGGUAAACCCGGCUCUGGAAAGUCGACGUUUAUGCGUUUCCUGUUCCAGCACGAUUUGACGCGUCAAUAUUCGAAAGCUUGGGCAAACGGCCAACCAGUAUGCAUGGCAGGUUUCUUCUUUUGGACCAGCGGAUCGCGAGACCAGCGCUCUCAAACGGGUUUACUUCGCUCACUUCUACACCAACUGCUUUCCAAAAACAUGGAAUUGAUCCCGGAUACGUUCCCCGACUUAUGGCAAAAGCUGAGAGUCAUGACCACCAAGGAACGAAUACAGCUGUCCCUGGAAUGGCUCGUCAAGGACUUGUUGUCUGCUUUCCAGCGUCUAAUGGACGCAGCACUGCCCAAUAUGAAGAUUUGCCUAUUUGUGGACGGCCUAGAUGAAUUCGACGGCGACCACAUUACCAUGAUCAACUUCUUCAGGGAUCUUGGCUUGGGCAAACACGGAGGUUCCGUGAAGAUGUGUCUGUCCUCGCGGCCGUGGGCUGUGUUCGAAAACGCAUUCGAGCAGGCGGUGCCACAUAUGAAGCUCCAGGACUUAACGUACGUUGAUAUGCUCAAGUACACUGCCGAUAAGCUACUUGACAAUGUGAAUAUCCGCCGAUUACUACGAAAGAAUCCUGAAUUUGGUGAACAGCUUGUCAAUAAUGCCGUUCAGCGAGCGGACGGAGUGUUCCUAUGGGUGAGACUGGCAGUGAAUGAGCUCACUGCCAAGUGGAAAGUUGAAUCCGGGACAACUGCCCUAGUCUCUAUACUCGAACAGCUUCCCACUGAUCUUGACGACUUAUUCUCCAAGUUACUGUUCCAAGACCAGACGAAGUCAGAGCAGGGAGAAACAGCAGUGGUAUUCCAGCUCAUUCGCGCGAGAGAGAUAGUCGCAGACUUUGUGAGGGAUGAUUCAGCGAAUUCCCUUACCGUCUGGGAACUAGCCUUUGCUUUACAAGAGCAGGAUGACGCUCACACUACCACCUGGGAAGUUGAGGAGGCAGACAACAAGUUUAUUUACGACCGGUGCCGCAUGACGAUUCAUCAGAUCACAGAGCGCUUUGCCCGCCUACUGGAUCUUCAUCGGCCUACAAGACAGGGGAACAUGAAGCCUCGCUUUUCGGACGACACCCUGCGCGACGCGAGAGUUGAAGCCGCACAGCGAGUCACAUACAUACAUCGCACAGUUCGUGACUGGCUCAUGGAUGCACCGGGUAUCCAGGAAAGAUUAGUUGCGCAGUCACCUCCCACGUUUGACCCUCACCUCCGUCUACUGCGAUCAUAUGUCCUUCGACUCAAGAGGCCGCUUGAAGAGAUUGAACACCAUCGGCGACUGGAUGAGUGGUGGCCAGAUAUUGCUCUCGCGCUAACACACGCUCGAUAUAUCACAAAUGAUCCUCUUGGUCUUCAGAGACAGUUUGUAAAUGAGCUCAACGCGACGCUAAGCUGGCACUGGCUUGAGAAGCCCCAAGAUCCAUAUGACCACUGGGCCAGAAAUGCAUUUGGCAGUUACGAGAUCCGCAUGAAGGCCGCACCGAUAUGGCAGCCGUUUCUGUGCCUUGCCACGAAAUUCGGUCUGACUCGUUAUGUUUCCGAGGAAGUUACCGCUCGGAACGGCUCGGAAAAGCAUGGAAUUUCAGAAGAGCAGCAAGAACUGGAGCAAGAUGAUGCUACGCCGUUGUUGGCGUAUACGACAGAAUUCGUGUGCUCCCGUAUGAAGAGCAUAUUUCCGCUUUCUGAUCCGGAACUCGUUAGGUUUCUGCUCAGGAAUCCGUGUCGUAUUAACCCGGGUCCUAAUCAUGAGUAUUCCGACUUUGUUACCCGGUCGGGGAGGACGUCGUGGGUGGCGCUUUUACGGCAUUUGCGGGAUGCGCGGCGGCGAGGGUUUAUAGCUUACUAUGAUACUGAUGUUGAUGGAACGUGUCGAUGGGUAGAAAUCGUGCGUCUGUUUUUGGAGGUUGGUGAGGCGGACCCUCAUGCUGUGGUCUUGAAGGAUAGUUGGGAUCCAGAGAUCACGGGCUUGGGGGUGUUGGAAUUACUGGAUGAGACGUAUGGGGCUGUUGAGCUGAAGGAGUUGAAGGAAUUUAUGGCUAGGAAAAGGGAGGAGAAGGGAAAGCAGUCGCAAUAUGCGCUACGAUCGAAGAAGGCAUGA